CCUCAUUGAUAACAACAAUUUGCCAAUUCCUUGACAAAACACAACACCGCGUCAAACUAAUAUGUACCGACCAGUAUUGCACCAAUCUACAGCAUUCACCUGAGUUAACACUACUCUAUCCAUUCUAGCAGACGACCUGCUUCUACAGCUCCAUGGCAUUGCAAUGAAAGAUCGGCGCGCGCGGGAGCAGAUCAUCAAUAUCUGGACCGCUAGAAUCAUUCCUCUGAUACUCUUUGGAGUGGUUGUCUACACUACCUACGUAACCAUUGGGCUGCUCUGUGGUAAGCUGAUAUGCUGAAGUCUGAGAAAACACUCAACUGACCUUCUGCUAGUGGACUAUUUGCUUCGCGACCAUGGCGUAAAAGGAAGCGCUAUUGCCAUUAUUGUCGUAUACUCCAUCUUACUAAUUUUGAUGACUGUUUCAUGGCUACGAUUGUUUCUAAUAACUACUUUCAACCCUCCAUAUGUGCCGCUUGGUCCUGCUGCCAUUCGCGAACGAGAACAUUUGAACGACAAGGGCAAUAGCCAGUCUGAGGAAGAUGGUUUAGGAGCAGGCGAAUAUCAAAUGACGGAAAAAGGGGGCAAAGACGAUCCAAAUUCCCCAGGUCUUGAGUUGUUUUAUACAAAGGAUGUUUUUGUGAGCGAAGGUGAUGGUCGUCCCAUUUGGUGUGUACAAUGCAAAAAUGUAAGGGUUCAAAUUGUUCAAAGAUAUAGGAUCAGGGUUGUUAAUUAUUUCUUAUUAGUGGAAACCAGACAGAACCCAUCACGACAGGGCAUCUGGACGUUGCAUCAAGAAAAUGGAUCACUUUUGUCCGUGGUAUGUUACUGUACCUCUAUCAAUAUCCUUCUCCGUUAAUUAUUUCCUAAUAUUUUUACUUUAGGGUGGGAGGCCCUAUUGGCGAAAACAACUUCAAAUUUUUCAUUCAAUAUACAUUCUGGACGGCUUUGUACUGCCUUCAUAUUCUGAUAGUUAUGUCAUUUUACGUAUCUCGCCAGAGAGCUUCAAAGGUAACAACACCCUGCUACUACAGUACCAAGAAGUCUUGCUAAAUAGUUACUGAUUUAAAUCCUAGACUGAAAAACUCAACAAACAAUUUGUGGCCAUCAUAGCUCUGUAGGUACUCACCCUGUCUAUUUUUUAGAACAGUCCUAACUCUGCUUGUCUAUAGUGCUGGGUUCUUUAUGCUGUUCACAGGGAGUCUGACAGUUAAUUCCUGUGAUCUUGCAUUGAAAAACUUGACAGCGGUUGAAAAGCUUUCUGCACAUUACAAGGUCCAUGUCUUCGCCAUCAAGAAACCAAGUCAUUGCCGAACCCGGAGCUCAUACUACCGUGAAGUCACUUAUCCACUAGAUGAUUAUCAAAUGUCUCUUAUGGUCAGGAAGCCUGUGCCAGAUGGGUUGAGCCAAAAUGGAAAUUCUUCUGUUCUACUGGGAUCCACCACAGAGCAGGGAGAUCACGCUUCAAAUCAAUUGCAAUCAGCUUCUACAACUCCUCCAGUCGUGGUGGUCUCUAUGCCCAAUACUCUACCCGACUCCUCACAUACAGCUACUUCAGCCGUACAGCCUCACAAUAGCUCUUGCCCUGUACAGGCGCAAACAUCAAGGGACCGCAUGGCUACUAGAACCUUCGCUAUUUUGACGACCGCAGAGGGCGAAAAUCCCUGGGAUUUGGGUAGCUACGUUGCCAAUUUCAAAACUGUGAUGGGGAGUAGUGUUAUAGAUUGGUUUCUACCCACAACAAGUCCUUGUUCUAUUCACGAGGACCCAGAAAGCCAAUUCACUCUUGGAAACGCUGUGAAACAUAUUAGAGAAAGGAAUGGGCUUAUGGAACACACAUAUUCCUAUGCGGGCAAUUUUGUUCCACCACAACAGACAUCAAACACAGACAAUACCCAACAGCAGGUUCAACUCGGGACUAUCAAUGGGAAUGCUCGAUAAUGAGAUUGCCAUAAUGAGGUAUAUUCGGCACAGAGGAACUUUUUAAUAUUGGUUGUAGCGAAUCCGUAAUGUUUUCUGUGUACAUACGUUCUGGGUACUACCUUGACCUGUGGUUGGUGCAGGUUAGAGGAUAACGGAUAAGAAUGAAUGGGCUGGCAGAAAUUAAGUGUUAAUGAGAUCACUAAGAGACUUUGUUACAGUCCUUGUUCUAGUCACUCUCCAAGUGACGAUUCAGGAGCGUAGACUUUGCGGCCCAGUAUAUAUGUAGUGUCACACAAAGUAGUCAACGAAUGAGCUGU